GAGACACGUGCAAAGCAAAGCUCCCGCGUGCGACGAAUGCUUUUUAUUUUUGUUUCGAAAAUUGUUCACUGCACCAAGGAGGUGUAAAGCUUUUACGGAGAUUUAGAGAUGGCGUCCAUGGCGAUCGGCGUCAGUUUCUCGAUAAUUAGCGGGAUAGGAGGAGGAGGAGAUGGCGUUAAUCAAGUAGCGACGGCUUCACGGACAACACUGAAGCUGAAUCAGAAGUACACACAAACCGAGAGUACAUGCAGGUUUUUGGGGAUGAAGAAGUAUCGGGGAUCCGGAGCUAUACGAACCGUCUCGAAGGCGGUAGUUGACGGAGAGGAGAUGAGUAGGAGAAAUCUGAGAGUGGGACUCAUUUGCGGAGGUCCGUCGGCGGAGCGUGGGAUUUCUCUCAACUCUGCUAGAUCAGUUCUCGAUCAUAUUCAGGGUAAUGGUAUAAGCGUGAGCUGCUAUUAUAUAGAUCCUGACCUCAAAGCUUUUGCAAUUUCCUCCGCCCAGUUGUACUCAAAUACUCCGGCAGAUUUCGAUUUCAAGCUGGAGAGUCUUGCACAGGGAUUCUCAUCGUUAUCCGGAUUGGCUGAGCAUCUUGUUUCCGCUGUGGACAUUGUGUUUCCAGUAAUUCAUGGUCGAUUUGGUGAAGAUGGUGGCAUUCAGGAGCUGUUGGAAAGUCACAACAUUCCAUUUGUGGGGACCGGAUCCCGUGAAUGUCGUCGAGCCUUUGACAAGUAUGAAGCCUCUUUGGUGCUCAGGGACUAUGGGUUCAUGACAGUACCAAACUACUUGGUGCAGGGAACUGACGUAGACGAAAGUGAAAUAGCACAAUGGUUUACAGAUAACCAGCUGGAUCUCAACAUGGGAAAAGUCGUGGUAAAACCAGCUAAAGCAGGUUCAAGUAUUGGUGUCAAAGUUGCUUUUGGUGUAAAGGAUUCAGUUAAAAAGGCUAUCGAACUAAUCCGAGAGGGAAUUGAUGAUAGGGUUGUUGUUGAGGUUUUCAUUGAAGAUGCAUAUGAGUUCACUGCCAUCGUCCUGGAUGUAGGUUCUGGUUCUGUUUGCCAUCCUGUUGUACUGAUGCCUACUGAGGUUCUGUCUCAGCUGAUAUCUGGACCACGACUACAUGAAUUAUAUGAAUAUUGGACUAGUGAAACUUUAGCCGCUGUUUUUUACACUAAAUAGGAAGCAGAUCUCAGGA